GUCAGGAAACAGUAGUACGUUGGGGAAAAGUUUCCCGCCGUGUUUUAGUGUUAUCGCUGAGGUUCCCCUUUAACAGCAGCCAGAUAAUUAUUUUUAAUAACCCACCAUGAGUCGAGCGAGAAGUUCCAGAAAUAAAUGUGAGAUUGCGCCAGAAAAUGGAGAAGCCCAGUCAAAAACAGUGUGGCAGUGGAUGGGGGAUAAUAGACAGUGGGAACCAUACUCUCCAUCAGCCUGUGCCGCCUUGGACUCGGCCGUCUCUUCGGGGAAAACAUCUGUCACUCUCUCUCUGGGCUCGGGGACAGCCUAUGAAGUUGAUCUGAAGAAGAUGGUUCAGAUCAAUCCUGUCACAAAGUACAAACGGAAAGUUCGCUGUCAGACUGUAAAAGCUGAAAGUCCGAAUGAAGCUGGUGACGUUGCUACUCAUAAUGCGAAACCAGCUCAAGUUAAAGAGGAAGAGGAGGACACAGAAGAGCAGCCUGCAGCUAAGAAGAGAAGAGGACAAAGCAAGAGCCAGACAAAAACUGAAGAAAUGCCCAAAAAAGCCAAAGAAGAAGUAAAAAGUGAAGAAGUUGUGAAGACAGUGGUCAUGAAGGGAAAAGCACCAGUAGACUCUGAAUGUAAAGCCAAACUGGGAAAGGCUCAUGUUUACAAUGAAGGAAAUGAUGUUUACGACGUGAUGCUCAACCAGACAAAUCUUCAGUUUAACAACAACAAAUAUUACCUGAUCCAGCUGCUGGAGGACGACAGCUCCAAGGUUUACAGUGUGUGGAUGAGAUGGGGCAGGGUGGGUAAAGUAGGUCAAAACAGCCUUACGGUCUGUGGUGGAGACCUGCUGAAGGCCAAAGAUGUCUUCAAGAAAAAGUCCCUGGUUACUCUGGAUUCAAGGAUUCAGUCUCUCCUGGAGCUCAUCUGUGAUCUGAAAGCCAUGGAGGAGUGUGUGCUGGAGAUGAAGUUUGACACCAAGAAAGCUCCUCUUGGCAAGCUGACCCCAGAGCAGAUCCGAGCAGGUUACUCAGCACUGAAGAAGAUCGAGGAUUGCUUGAAGAAGAAGAAAGGGAGCAGUCGUGACCUUUUAGAAGCAUGCAAUCAAUUUUACACCCGCAUCCCACAUGACUUUGGGUUGAAAACUCCCCCACUUAUCCAAACAGAAGAAGAGCUGAAAGCCAAAAUUUCCCUUUUGGAGGCACUGAGUGACAUCCAGAUAGCAGUAAAAAUGGUCAAGUCCAGUGAAGACAGUGAUGAACAUCCUCUGGACAGACAGUAUCACUCCCUCCAGUGCAAACUGCAGCCUCUGGACUCCAGCAACAAUGAGUACAAGGUGAUAGAGCAGUAUCUGCACACCACUCACGCCCCCACCCACUGUGACUACAGCAUGACCGUGCUUGACAUUUUCUCAGUGGACAGAGACGGGGAGAGCAAAAAUUUCCUGUCACAGUUAAGUAACAGGACUCUGCUGUGGCACGGUUCACGUCUGUCUAACUGGGUCGGCAUCCUCAGUCAGGGACUUCGAGUGGCCCCCCCUGAAGCUCCUGUUACUGGUUACAUGUUUGGUAAAGGUAUCUACUUUGCUGACAUGUCAUCAAAAAGUGCCAACUACUGUUUUGCCAACCAGAACAACAACGUUGGACUGCUGCUACUGUGUGAAGUCGCUCUGGGAGAAUCUAAUGAGCUGCUGGAUGCAGACUAUGAAGCAAACAAUCUGCCUGCUGGAAAACACAGCACCAAGGGGCUGGGACAGACUGGACCUGACCACAAAAACUCUGUCACACUGGACGGUGUGACGGUGCCGAUGGGGCCUGGCGUGAAAACGGGAGUGGGUAAAUCUAACGCUUACUCCCUCCUCUACAACGAGUUUAUUGUUUACAAUCCUGCACAGACUCGCAUGAGGUACCUGCUGCGUGUAAAGUUUAACUACUCAUCACUGUGGUGAAGCCUUGGGAACUGUGUGCCUUUAUGAAAUGUGGAUGAAUGUUUAGGUUUUUUUUAGUCAUUCUUCAUGUAGCGUUAACUUCUAUAUUUCGGGCCAUGGGUGGGGGUUGGAUGUUACACCUGAAAACACUCGUUCAUAUAAGGCUGCAGCAAUUGCUCAACUGAGAAAAAUCAUUUACAGCUGUUUUGAUAAUAUAAUGAAUUGUUUUAGGGUUUUUUCCAAGACAAAAACUGUAGAUGCGUCAUCACAGGCAUGACUGGUGGAUGUUUCAUUAUACAAUAAAUUAUAUUAAAAAGGAAAAUCUUGCAUAUAUAGAAUUGAUUUCCUCCCCCCCAAUCUUGGGAUUAGUGCCAGCAUUUUCACUUCUUUGACAUCUUGUAUAGAAUUGACUGCUGGGUUAAAAUAACUCAAAAUAAUCACUGAUGCUGGCAGCAGGAUUUGCUGAAGAUUCUGCAUCUCCAUAUAUAAAUGAGUGUCUGUGGAAACCAUGAGGGACCAACUGAGGGAUAACAUCAACUUUGAAUUCAACUGUUUCUUGCAUUUUCUACAGUUUCUCUUUUUUCCUGGUAUCAUUUAUAAGAAAAAGCUGUUGUUCAACAGAGGUUUGUUAUACUAGAUGUAUCUCUUUGACAUGGAGAGGAUACACAAAACCUUUUGCACUACUUUUUGUCCCUGUAUAUGUAUAUUACUAAACGUCCUUGGAUCAGUAGAAGGUCUCAUUAUCAUUAUUAAGGGUAUGAUGGUUUUAGUGUAGGUGUUUGUUGUAACACAAAUAUUCUUCUGGAUCUGUUACGAGGAUGAAGGUUUUUAAAUUUUGAAGAGUGGGAAUAAAAAUAAAUGA